UGAUCCGACGGGCUUCAACCAGCAGCUCGAAUGACUCAAAGUCUGCUUAAACUCGUUUUUCUACUUUAAAUGUGAGUCUGCUCCGAGUGUCAGAGGACACAGAGAUAUGCUGAACGUCUCAGGUGUGAAUAAAGCAGAGGACAGACAUGGAAACCUGCGGCGUGUCGGCGCUGGAGAGACCCGCGGCCGAGCUCACCGUCAUGGAUGUUUACGACAUCGCGGCGGUGCUGGGACGGGAGUUUGAGCGGAUCAUCGACCGGUUCGGCUGCGAGUCUCUGGUCGGAGUGGUGCCCCGAGUGGUGCGGGUGCUGGAGCUGCUGGAGACGCUGGUGAGCCGCGGAGCCGCCGGACAGGAGGCCGAGGAGCUGCGGAGGGAGCUGGAGAGGCUGCGGCAGGAGCGGAGCGACCGAUACGAGCAGGAGAGGAAGCACCAGAAGGAGCUGGAGCUGGUGGAGGACGUGUGGAGAGGAGAAGUGCAGGACCUGCUCUCUCAAAUCACUCAGCUUCAGGCAGAGAACAAGAGGCUGCUGGUGAGCCUCUCCCACAAAGAGUCGCCCAUCACAGAGGAGGACCUGCAGAAACAUGAGGGAAUGUCGGAGAAAGAAGGACAGGUGAUGAAGAAGCUGAAAGACUUGGUGGACAAACAGAGAGAUGAAAUCCGGGCUAAAGAUCACGAGCUGAUACUUAGGAAUGAGGACGUUGAAGCGCUCCAGCUGCAGCAGCAUCGGCUGAUAAGGAUCAACCAGGACCUUCUUCACAGGAUAGGAGUGAUGGAGGCUCAGGGCAAGACCCUGAUUCAGCAGAGGGCUGAGCUGGAGGCUGCAGCUCAGGCACGGCAGCAGGAACUUGGUGCUCUGCAGCAGGAGGUCACGAGGCUGAGGAGGGAGCUCCAGGAGUGGGAACUAGAGAGAGAACUCAUUAAGACAGAAGAGUUCCCUUCUUUGAAAGAUGAAAUGUCUUCGCUAUUAUCACCACUCAUGCCGUCCUCAGCUACAGAGGUUUCUAAACCAAAUUCAGUGUGGGUGGAGUGUGGAGGAGACCCAGGCUUCCUGGAAAACUGCUUUGAGCGUGACAGGAGUCUUUCUCCACUUCGAAGGUCAGCGAACGGAGAGAAUAGCGAGGAAGAGGGUGGCAGAGAUGACGACACAACAGCAACGUUUCUGAAAGGAUCCCCUGAUACAGAGCCAGAGGAGGAGUCAGACCAUCCUCGCUUCACCCUGCAGGAGCUGCGGGACGUCCUGCAGGAAAAAAAUGAACUCAAAGCCCAAGUGUUCGUGCUCCAGGAAGAGCUGGCGUAUUACAAAAGUGAGGACUUUGAGGACAGCAUCAGUUCCAUUGUGUCUGCUCCGUCUCCUCCACCAUGUUCAGCUUCUACUGAUCAGCCUGAGUCAGGAAUUAGACGCUUGAUCUUCACUGCCGUAAUGCCGAUGGUGGCAGCUGGUUUGAUCACAGACGAUCCCACGUUGCUGCCAAUCAGAAGACUUGUUUCCUUUAUAUGACCUUAAAUUUAAAUUUCUUCUUACGAAGGUGCUCUUAUUUUUUUUAACAGUACCAUCUCAACACCAAUUUGCUUACAAGAAUUGGUUUCAUGGCCGCGUUACUCACUUAUUUUAAACUAAAUCCGUGUUUAUAUACUUGAAAUUCUUUAUUGGUGUCAACUUUUCUGAUACAUUUUAGUUUUAUUUUUGCUAACUAGUUUAAAUGUGAGACAACUGUCCACACCUGGACAAUGAAUUUAUGACCUUUCAGGGUUUUGCGGCUUCAUAAAGUCACAACCUUUCAGCAUUUCACUUUAUAUAUAUAAGUAAUAAGGAAAUAGCUGUGCUUCAUUUGUGAUAGUGCUGCACGUGCUGAUGUCAAAGUUUCGAGCUCAAGUUUCCUUUCCUUAUCAAAAAAAAGAAAUCAUGUCAGUGCCCUUCAUAUCAUACAGUGUUUUCUUACCAGAUUGACAAGUAUUACCUGAAAUAUAGGGAAUUCCCAGAAGCAUGAAUUGAAUGUCCACCAUACGCCCUGUGCUUUUCACAGACAUUUUAAGCUCAUUAGCGGUUUCUCAAUAAUGACAUCAUUUCAGGGAUGUGUCCAUCUGCCACAUGACUGAUAAGUUGAACGUCUUUUGUAGUUUAUUUUAGGUGAUCUUAUACAUCUGAUGGCAAAUUGCUGCUCAAGUGUCUGGUUUCUGUGUGUACUGAAAUGAGCUGGAUGAUCAUGUGUCUGUAUGAGGUCAUCUUCUAAAUUAUUGUAAAGGGAACAUUACUGCCAAUUAUAAGACUUACACCAGGAAAACAUCUUGGUAAAUCUCCUAAAGAAAUAUAUAGUAAUAUUAAGUCUGCGCAAUACAUACUUUCAGCAUCGCUUUGUGCACACAUGUAACAGUCAGUGCAAUGUGAAGUCAGUCCAGUUAACUCAGACACAUCAUGCUACAGCUGUUUUGCUGCUUUAUAGAAAAAGAAAAUUUGCACAGUUCUCAUUUUCCAUGGACAAUCUACGAGAGAAGUGUGUCUGCUAGAACAUAAUCAUAAUUAACUGUAAUUGUUUAUGGGUUUUGAGGAUUUUUUUUGUUUUUUUGUUUUUACUAUAUUGACAAGACAGAAUUUGUUGACAUGCAGGCUCCACAUGUGCAAGAACAGGAGCAAAAAGAAAUGUGACGUCAGUUGUCUGGAAAUGUUAUGAUAAUAUGACUGUUUAAAUCUCUGUAUGAUGAUUGCAAAGCCAAAUCUAAAUGUCAUCUAAAGCAAAAAAAUAUAUAUAUAUAAUGGAUGCCUCUGCCAGUGUUACACCAGGAGAAAUGUUGCAAAUGGCUGUUUGAACUUUAUUUAAAAACUAUUUUUCUAUGUUUGAUGAAGCACUCUCCUAAAAUAUCAUCCCAAUCAUCCUGUAGCUAUUCAUAUCACUAUCACGUAUCAGUUUUGUCCAACAUCAUCAGCCCAUUAUGUAUAUUGAAAACUGUAUAGAUUAUGCCAUAAUUACAAAUAUGUGCCAGGUUGCACCUAUAAAAUAAUUCUUAUUUGGAAUGAAGCAAUAAAGUUUUAUUUUUCAUCUUG